AUGAAUAGACCACCCGGUCUACUUCCACAAAUCAGCAACCAUGUGACAAAAAUUGAAGAUCAAGAAAAUGCUCCAUCCUCGAUAUCCACCACAUUAUCAUCCUUAGUAUCUGGUAUAAAAUCAGUAGCUUUUGAUGUUUCUUAUUAUUGGAUCAAGAGGCUUUAUGAUUGUUUCUUAUCACUCCAUGAUCAACAAUCAUAUUACAAACGUUUAAUGGAAAUUGCUACUAAUUAUGAACAAUGGUCAGAAGCUGCUACAAUAUUGGAUCAAUUACAAGGAAAUGAUCAAUGGAAGAAUACUCCAAGUUCAGAUGACUAUGAUUUUGAAUUACUACAGAGAAGACUUGCUCAGUUAAAGAAAGCACGCAAAACUGGUGAUUUAUCACAAAUGAUUUUUUUAUUAAGAACCUCAUUAGCAAGAAAUCUUGGUGAUAUGGGUCAACCUAAAUUAUAUGCACAUACACAUAUUGGAACCAAAAGAUUGAUUGAAGCAUAUAUAAAUGAAGUAGUAAAACAAAUGAAUAUAAUAUGUGACACUGAAUCAGAUGAAAUAUCUACAAAAGCAAAAUUAGAAUUUUUCACUAAUACAAGACAAUCAUUUGGAAGAACUGCUCUUUUAUUAAGUGGUGGUGCUACAUUCGGACUUAUACACACGGGAGUAAUUAAAAGUCUUUAUGAGUGUAAACUUUUACCUCGUAUUAUUUCUGGUGCAUCAAAUCCAGAUACUUGGUGUAGAAGAGCAAUUAGAUUUUUAAAACACGGUGUAGUUUUUGAUGUGGAGGUAUUUAAAAACAGCAUGAGAAAAAAUAUUCCCGAGAUGACAUUUCAGGAGGCAUAUAAUCGUACAAGAAGAGUUUUGAAUAUAACAGUUAGUUCAUCUACCGUUUAUGAGAUGCCAAGACUACUCAAUUAUUUAACUGCUCCAAAUGUAUUGAUCUGGUCAGCCGUUGCUGCAUCUUGCUCAAUUCCAUUAAUUUAUAAUUCAACACCUUUAAUGGCAAAAGAUAAAUCAGGAAACAUAGUUCCAUGGAAUCCUUCCGUGAAUCCACACGUAGUUCCAUUUUUAGAUAAAAAAUUGAUUCCAUCGCCUAUCAGUAGAUUAGUUAACUGGUUUUUGUUUUUAGCCACUUCUGAAUUACAACAUCGAAUGAAUCAGCUGAGUGAACUUGGAGUAGUGCCAAGUGUAAUAUAUAUGAUUCAAGCAAUAGUAUCACAACGUUAUUGUGGUGAUAUUACAAUAGUUCCUAAAAUAAGUUAUAUGAAUUUUCUUAAACUUUUAUCCAAUCCUACUCCUGAAAUAAUGGGAGAAGCUACAUUAAAUGAAAUUUCUAUAAUACGUAAUCAUUGCCAGAUUGAAUUGACAUUGGAUGAAGUUAUUCAUCGGCUUCGUCGUCGUCAACUUGAAGAUUUAAACAUUUUCAUUAAUAUUAACAACAGCAACAACAAUAAGGUUGGAACUUUGGAUUCAGUUAUUCAACAACAAAAAAAUAAAAAAAAUGCUAAUGCUGAUGAUAAUAUUAUAAUGACAGUCAAGAUAGAAUAA